AGAUCUAGAUCAUUUAACAAACGACUCAAGUCGUCAAGGUUGUAUCUUCUUGUGUAUUUUCUAUUGUUUUCAAUAAUUGCAUCGUCAAGCCGGAAGUAUGUCAAACAAUCUUUUGCUUUAUCAAGCUAAGAAACAUGGAUAUUGUAGUCGCUGCCUUGAGAAACAAGAAUUUUCUUUUCGCCAAAAACGACUUAAGACUUCGAAUACUAUAUUUUUUUAUCCUUUCAUAUCUAUAGUAAUUAUUUCGUAUGGCUAGUAACAUUACAAAGGCCAAAUAGUCUGAUUUUUUUAAAUGUAUUUUUUGUACAACGUAUUUGUAAACAUUAUGAAUCAGUUAUUGCUUGAGUCGGUAACGGUAUGAGUUCUCUCUCCAUUAGUUACUUCUGAAAUUUUACGUUUACCAGAUAAACCUUGUACGUUUUCCAGAUAUUAUGUUCUAAAACACGGAGGAGUAUGAGUUUUAGAGUGUUUAACCGUAUAAUAAAUAUCUCUUUCAAGCAGAAGGUAUUGCAUGCAAGCUCAGUGCCUGUUCCAACAAAGUGCCGCUCUGUAACAUCAGAUGCACAGCUGAAGCCAGAACAAGCAGAUGAUAAAGCGGAAAAUGUAGAUUCUGUGGCAGAGAAACCACCCUCGGUUCGUGAAGCUGUCGCCCCACCAGAGUUCAGAUUUGUCUACCCUGAGUUUCUGCCAGAUCCCAAAGUUAUAUGGCGCAACAAAGUGCGGGAGAAACUGGAGCGAGCAGACAUGAUGUCUCGCCGGGUCCAUGUCGACAUCCCAGAAUUCUACGUUGGUAGUAUUUUGGCUGUGACAACCUCGAACCCUCAUGCGUCAGGCAAAACAAGCCGUUUUGUUGGCAUCUGUAUCGACCGCUCAGGUUGCGGACUGCGUGCCAGUUUCAUUCUCAGGAACGUCGUGGAUCACUUGGGCACGGAGAUCAGCUACGACGUGUACGACCCCACGGUCCAGAGGGUGGAGGUACUGCGGCUGGAGAAGCGACUGGACGACCGGCUGCUGUACCUGCGCGACGCCCUGCCUGAGUUCUGCACCUUCCCCUUCGACAUGGAGCCCGAGUACCUGCCCGAGGGCAGCGCGGUGCCCGUCAACCCUGUCAAGGUGAAGCUGAAGCCGCGCCCCUGGCUGGAGCGCUGGGAGAGGCAGGACCUGCGGGGCGUGCAGGACCUGGGACUGCCGGAGAGGUUCUACCAGCGAGCCGCCCAGCUGGCCACGCCCUGGGAGAAGUACGACCUCAUGAAGCAGUACAGAGCCACAAUACCAGAAGAAGAGCAGAGUGAAAUAUUUUCUGAAGUGUAUUCGGAGCUCCAUCAGCUGGAGAUAGAGAGAAGAAAGCAGAAAAGGAAAAAACAAUUUGUAAAACCAAAGAAAACUGCAUAAAGGGUUUACUGCAAAGUGUUGUAUGUAUAAAAAUAAAUUUUUUAAACUUGUGA